UCUGGUGUUAUUUCUCUUUGUUAUUGUAAAAUUACUCUCUUUAAAUACUCUUCAUAACUUCAAGCUGGGAGCCUAUUUUUCAUCUUUAGUGGCAACUCCAAGGAGCGAUUUCAUUUCUUUCUUUCGUAUUAUUCAUCAUUGUCUCCUAAAAAAUUCCGGAAAUUCCUUCAUGAAUUCCGUCAUCAUUUUAUUAAACCCAUCGUAGUUCAUUUCAUAAUCAAUCAUAAAUUUAUGAGUUAGUAAAGUUGAAUUUAUUUGUGUGUACCGGUGUAUUGAGGUAAAUACUUUGACUAACCCCAGCACAACAAAGCAAAUCGAACUUCAGAGUUUAAUCGAUGGCUGGUCAACGCCGCAAUGAAAACCUCAGUGAAGCAAUGCAACGUUUACAAAUGGGGGAGGAUAAAAGUGGGCUUAACUCGUCAAAGUACCCUGCAGUAGCGAAUUAUAUUCGACAGCAUGCAGGCAAUACUCCUAUACAGCAACAAUCUGCAGAGGAGUAUAAGUUAUACGAGCGUACAAAUAUAAUUGCUUCUUCUAAGUAUGCCACACCCCGUCCAAUUGAGCAGUUGGCAGCUGAUGCGAAUAUAAACAAUGUUUCACUUCCCCAACCAGUGUCCAAUGGGAUCGGUCAGACAGGAGGCAAUAGUCCUCUGUAUACUGGACGCAAUGUCAUGUAUGAAAAAAAGUUAUCAACGAAACAAUCUCCAGUAUAUGAAAAUCUCGAAUUUUGCGGCGGCGCGGUUGGUGUUCCAACAGACUCGUACUUUGAAUCUGCACAUAAACGCGCACAACCUCAAAGUCCCACAGCAAAUCCGUCGCGCGGCCAAUAUAUGAUAAUGCAUGCCAGCACCAGUAGUGGGCGUUUUGCUCAUACACCAGUACCGGAACAUCAUGCUGACACGGCGCCUAUCUAUGAAAAUAUUAUACCACAUUCCGGACAACGUGCACAACCACAAGCUUCACCGGCGACUGCCACUAUUUAUCAACAUGCGGAGAUAUCACCACAAUUGAGCGGUGCUGGUAAUGGUAUAGUAACGCCACUAGCGCCACAUCAUAUACGCGACAAUUCUGGACUGGAUAUGUCGGCUGUCUUGGCAUCGCCUAUGCAUCGGCGUAGUACAUCGAAUUCUUCAUUAAAAACAGCAGCGUCCAACAGUACUGCCGCUGCUACUGGUGGUGGUAGCGGUUUAUCAUCUCCUACACAGCGCUAUCGCAACCUUUCCUUGCCCAGUCACCCUAACAGUAUACAAACAUCGCCUGCAAAAUCGUUGGCUUCUAGUACAGCUAGCAGUAACGAUUACAAGUUGUUGCAGCACACACCAAUCAAAAACACACAUCACAUUCCCAGUAAUCACCCCAUCAUCAAUGUUUCUGUUAAUCCUAAUUACAUUGAGGAAAUCAACAGUUCCGAUUAUGUUUGUAUGACAGCCAACUUGCACCGCCAGCCAGCUAGAAGCCCUACAGGAGGCUUACAGUCUCUACGUUCAAACACCACUGCGCUCGCUUCAAGCAGUAGUGGUUACCGCAAGUUGUGUAAUGAGUCGCCCGUUUAUAUAGGCAGCAGUAGUGGUGGCAGUGAGCUAGAUAAAGCUUCUAUAUUGACUGGUGCACGCAAAAUUUCGCCAAUGAGCGAACGAAAAUUUACACAAUCACCACUUGCUAUACCGCAGCGUCCUAUAUCAUCAGGUGGUGGUGUGGCAUCAUCCAUAUCACCAACACCAUCUCAAAAUAGCACUGGCCUCUCGAAAAAUCUGCUACCAUAUAGCGUCACACCACCACGUCCCACCGGUCCUACCGAAGCCCAGCGCAAAAUCGAAGAGCUCACACGCCAACUAGAGGAAGAAAUAGAACAAAGCGAAGAGCAGGGCGAGUAUUUUGGUAUUUGCCAUACGUGUGGUGAUAAAGUGAAGGGUGCUGGUCAGGCUUGUCAGGCUAUGGGCAAUUUGUAUCACACGAAUUGCUUUAUUUGUUGCUCUUGCGGACGUGCGUUGCGCGGUAAGGCGUUUUAUAACGUGCAUGGACGCGUUUAUUGCGAGGAAGACUAUAUGUAUUCGGGUUUCCAGCAAACGGCAGAAAAGUGUGCAAUAUGCGGACAUUUAAUAAUGGAGAUGAUUUUGCAAGCGAUGGGCAAAUCUUAUCACCCCGGCUGCUUUCGCUGUUGCAUUUGCAAUGAGUGUUUAGAUGGUGUUCCCUUUACGGUGGAUGUGGAUCAUAAAAUUUACUGUGUAAAUGACUAUCAUCGCAUGUUUGCACCAAAAUGCGCUAGUUGUGGCAAAGGCAUAACACCUGUAGAGGGCACUGAUGAAACAGUACGAGUCGUCUCCAUGGAUAAGGACUUUCAUGUCGAUUGCUACAUCUGUGAAGAGUGUGGCAUGCAGUUGACUGAUGAGCCCGAUAAACGUUGCUAUCCCUUAGAUGGACGUCUAUUAUGUCGUUCAUGCCACUUGCAAUGUUUGGCCAUGCAGCAAUCUUCGCCACACGUUCGGCAUCAGGAGCCCGUAUGCGCAUCAUACCAAUACAUGGGUUAAAGGAAAAAGUUUGAGAGCUUAAAUGCGAAUUCAUACAUAAUUUACUCAUAUUAUGCAUUCCUAAUAUUAUACGCGUAUGGAAGGAUCAAAAUUUAGUACAUAAGUCGUACAGUUAAACGCACAAUUUUUUUUUACCUAUUACUUUUGGAAGUAAUAUUUUAUGUUUAUGAAAAAGACACUCUGCACACAGAGGAAUCCAGUGUGACAAACAAUGUUAUGCAACAACUAAACAGCUAGUUGUGUAACACUUAAUAAUCCUAAAAAACAAAAAAA